GUAGGAUACAAUUCGUCUCUCUUCAUUAACGACCACGAUUCCUCUCUCUCUCUCUCUCUCUCUCUCUCUCUCUACCUAUAUAUACGUAUAUCGGUGUAUAUAUAUAUGCAAAAUAACACAUUGACAUUAGAGCUCGUUUCAUCAGAUUCGUGUCUGGAUUCUUUUACUUGCUGACCAUGGGUUCUGCAACUGGGAUAGUGAGUGCACAAGGGAAGCAACCUCUUCUUUCUUUUGGGAUUAUAUCGGAUGUGCAGUAUGCUGAUAUUCCCGACGGGCAUUCAUUCCUUGGUGUUCCUCGUUACUAUCGACAUAGCAUUCUUGUCUUGCAAAGGGCAGUUCAGAAAUGGAACAAAAUGCAAAAGCUCAAAUUUGCAAUCAAUUUUGGGGACAUUGUUGAUGGGUUUUGCCCCAAAGACCAAUCUCUCAAUGCUGUUGAGAAAAUUGUCCAUGAAUUUGAGAUUUUUCGCCAUGGAUCUGUCUAUCACAUGAUUGGCAAUCACUGUCUCUACAGUCUCCCUCGUGACAGGUUACUUCCAUUAUUGAGAAUUCCCAGUGUUGAUAGCCGUGCUUACUAUGAUUUUUCUCCAAUUCCAGAAUACAGAUUUGUAGUCCUCGAUGGCUAUGAUAUUAGUGCCAUUGGUUGGCCUCAAGAUCAUCCAAAAACUAUAGAGGCCUUGAAAUGUCUGGGAGAGAGAAACCCCAAUUCAGACAAGAACAGUCCAACAGGGCUCGUGGGCCUGGAGAGAAGGUUCCUCAUGUUCAAUGGAGCGGUUGGAAAAGAUCAAUUAGAAUGGUUGGAUGGUGUGCUUCAAGACGCAAUAAAUUCAAACCAGAAAGUCGUUAUAUGUUGCCAUCUACCCUUAGAUCCUGGUGCAUCUUCCCCAGCAGCACUUCUGUGGAAUUACGACGAAGUAAUGGAUGUGAUACACCGAUAUAAUUGCGUGAAGGUUUGCUUAGCUGGACACGAUCACAAAGGCGGGUACUCCAUUGAUUCUCAUGGGUUGCAUCAUCGGGUCCUUGAAGCAGCCUUGGAAUGCCCUCCUGGCACAGAUUCAUUUGGAUAUGUAGAUGUUUUUGAUGACAGGUUAUUACUUUUUGGAACUGAUAGAAUGAAGAGCACUGAAAUGAUUUUUACUUCUUAAAAAUGCGACUAUUUGUAUGUAUGAUCUACCACUCGUUCGGUUUUUUUUCAAAAUGAAAUAAAAACGCAUUGUUGUAAUACAGUAGUUUCGCUUAAUAUUGAAGUCGGAUUUCUUUCUAAAA